AGACAUAACCCCACAGGCCAAACAUAACCAUAAAGUUUGUUUAAAAUUGUCAUAAAUGUGAGUUUUGUGCCUUUAUAAUAAUUUAAAGAGCACGUUAUACUAUUGUUGUAAUAUAGUAAUAUUUUAUAACCAUUUGAAAUGAAAAAGAAAAACGAAAGAUAUUUUGCGAAAAAUGAAAAUGAAUCUGAUGAAAAACAAAAUGUUAAAAAGUCCUCCAAAAAUGAUGAAAAAGUUAUUACAUUCAACAUAAACAAAAUUAGGAAAAACCCCAUGAAAAAGGGAAAAAAAGGAAAAUUUACAAACAAACAGAAAAUAGUAAAAAGAAUCCCAAAUCCAAAUCCAAAGUUUAAAGGAAAAGUUCCAGUUCCUCAAGAAUUAUUAGAUAAGUAUGCAAAAGGAGACAAAGUUGAUAUUAGCAGUGUGAAAACAACAAUUCACCAGCAAAAAAUUGAGAGAAAGGAAAAUGAUUUAAAAAUAGCAACAGAAAUCUCAGCUAAAACUGAAUUUUUAUUAACAGAAGAAUCUGGUUAUUUGGAAGCUGAUGCUGGUGAAACCACAUCUCAGUUCACUCAAAAACAAAUCAUCAAAAAUGUGGACAUAACUGCAGCUACAAAACACUUUGAUUUGCGAUUAGAAUUUGGUCCGUACAGAUCUAAAUAUACUAAAAACGGGCGACAUUUAGUAAUUGGCGGUAAAAAAGGUCAUGUUGCUGCUUUUGACUGGGUAACCAAAAAACUACAUUGUGAAAUGAAUGUCAUGGAAUCUGUUCAUGAUGUUAGCUUUUUGCAUUUGGAAACAAUGUUUGCUGUUGCACAAAAGGACUGGGUUUAUAUUUAUGAUAAUCAGGGUAUUGAAUUGCAUUGCAUAAAAAGAUUAAAUAAAGUUACCAGGAUGGAAUUUUUGCCUUACCAUUUUCUUUUAUCCACUUGUAGUGAUGAGGGAUAUUUAAGUUGGUUGGAUGUAUCAAUAGGAAAAUUAGUUUCUCAAUUCAACACUCAAUUAGGUAGAUUAUCUAUGUUAAGUCAAAAUCCAUGGAAUGCCGUAUUGUGCCUAGGACAUGCAAAAGGUGUUGUGUCAAUGUGGUCUCCAAAUUCUAGAGAUCCUUUGGCAAAAAUGUUGUGUCACAAAGCCCCAAUUACUGCUCUGCAUGUAGAUCCCUCAGGAAUGUACAUGGCAACUUCAGCAAGUAACAGGGAAUUAAAAAUAUGGGAUAUAAGAAAAUUAGAGGGUCCUCUUCAGGAAUAUAAAUUAAUAACAGCUGCAAAUAAUUUGGCAUUCUCACAAAAGAAAAUGCUCAGUGUAGGAAUGGGAAAUGUAGUUGAAAUUUAUAGGGAUUGUUGCACUACUGCGGCAAAACGUCCGUAUCUGAGGCAUAGAUUUGUGACCCCCAUAAGCAAUUUUAAUUUUUGUCCUUAUGAAGAUGUGUUAGGAGUUUCAACAGCAAGAGGUUUUACUAGUUUAUUGGUACCAGGAAGUGGUGAAGCUAAUUUCGACGGUCUGGAAGCUAAUCCAUUCCAAACAAAAUCACAGAGACGUGAGGCUGAAGUUAAAUCUUUGCUUGAAAAGAUUCAACCUGAGCUUAUUACAUUACAACCAACAUCCAUUGGGCAAGUUGAUAUGCCUACAUUUAAGGAGAAGUUGGAAGCAAGGAAUAAACUAUUGCAUCUCAAGCCCCAGAAGAUAGAGUUUGAGAGUAGAAAGAAAAUGAAGGGUAAAGGUGGAUCUGUAAAGGCUCACAGAAAUAAGAAGAUAGUGCAAGAAUUGGCAAAGAAGGAAUUCAUUAAAAGUACAAAGGAAUUGCAAAUCCUGCCAGCUAAAACCAAGAAAGUUGAAAAAGAAAAGAAAGAGUUUAACCCCCUGGAUCGGUUUUUACCGAAAAAACCAAAAGCAUAAUGAAUUAAUUAAAAAUUAUUAAUUUUAUGUUAUUCAAUUUAUGUAAAAAUAAAUUUUUUUAUUACAAUUAAAUGGUUAUUCAUGUAAUUUAGA